AUGAGCAUCAACGAGCUCUUCUCCGCGACGUUCAACUCGCUCCGCCGAGCCAGAUCUGCCGCCGCGACGGGAAGAAAGGCGGAACGAGCUCUUCUUGCUCAUCAUCAUGAAGAAGUGGCGGCCGAGUGGCCCGCCGUGAGCGAGUGGACGCGCAAGCAGGUGCGGGCCUACUUCAAGCGGCAGCUGCAGCUGGACGAGUACGUCGGGGCGCUGCGUCGGGCCAAGGUCGACGGCGCGCGGCUCGUCGCCCUCCACCACGCCAACGCGCUCUACACCACCCUGGGCGUCACCAAGAUCGGACACAAGAAGAAGCUCAUGGUCGCCCUGCGCGGCCUUCUUCAAGCCCAAGCCGACGCAUCGUCGUGGCCUGCCGUCGACGCCGCCGCCGCCGAUGGCGACCACCAACGACCGUGCGGCGAUGGCGGCGGCGGUGGCAAUGCAGGCCUCCGGGUCAGGCGAGCGACGAUGGCGGCGGCUGACGACCAACACGACCACCACCACCACAACAACCGCGGAAAGAACGAAAACGACGAGGUGGUCGUUGCGGGAGCGGCAAAGGACGAAAGAACGAAAGCGACGACGACGACGACAGUGGUGGUGCCGCCGCCGCUGGAUUGGGCCAAGCUCCAGCGCUCGCGGUCGUCGCCGGUCGACGACGCCGUCUCGGUGGUCUCCUCGUCCGAGUCGGCGGACUCGCCCAGGAGUCAGCACUCGCCGCGCCCGGCCACCACCCGGUCCGCCGGGCGGUCGCCGCGCCCGCACCUCGCGGCCCACCCCAUCGUGCGCACCGGGUCGCGCGUCCACAUCAACAUCCGCGACCUGGCCCUGCCGCCGACCUUUGGAAGCGCGGUGGUCCCGGCCGUGUCGACCAUGUCGCACGACACGGCGUCGACGUCGACGAAUGCGGCCUGGUCUGUGCCGGUGUCGCCGGCCGGCUCACACGUUUUUGGCGCCAUCACGCCUUCAUCGUCGUCUUCGUCGUCGCCACCGCCGUCGGCCAACAUUCAGCAUCUUCAUCUUCAUCGACAAUCGGCGGCGCCGACGUGCACGACGCUGGCCUACUCGCGCGCAUUCGGCGGGGUGGCGGUCAAGUGCGUGUACGGCGACGACGUCAGCAUGCUCCGCUUCCACUUUGCCGGCGUCUGCACGGAGAGCGGCGACGACAGCGACAGCGAAAGCGAUAGCGAAAGCGAAAGCGACAGUGAUAGCGAUAGCGACGACGACGAGCAGAAGGAGGAAGCGGACAAGCUCCACUUCGUCGAGCUGCGCGAUACCAUCCGGACCGCGUACGGGCGCAACCUGCGAGUCAAGUACAGCGACCGGGACGGGGACACGAUCAACAUUGACAGCGACGCGUCGCUCAACUACGCCUUCAACGACUGGCGAGGCCAGAUCGGCCUCGUCGAUCACCACCAUCAGAAGGCCACGACGAGCUGGCGGCUGCAUCUGCACGACUUUGACGAUGAUCAUCAUCACGGCCAUCACGGGUCGUCGCUUUCUUCAGCCUCUUCGCUUUCCUCGCCUUCGUCUUCGUCUUCUCUCUUCCUCGCCUCCUCGACUGUCCAUGACACCGUCGUGGAGACACAGACCAGAAGCAAAUUGUAUAAAUAA